UGGCGAAAAAAAAAAAAAAGGGAAAGGAAAGGAGAGGAGGAGGAGGAGGAGGAGGCGGCGGAGGCGGCGGAGGAGGCGGAGGAGGAGGGCGGCCUGCGGCCUGGCUCAGAGCUCGGAGAGGCCGGACGGAGGGACCCGGAGUCGCUGCCGUCGCCGUUUCCGCUCCUGGUGCUGAAGAGGGCUCGGCCCCACCAGAGGCAUCAUGAGUGAGCAGCAGCUGGACUGUGCCUUGGAUUUGAUGAGGCGUCUUCCUCCCCAGCAAAUAGAGAAAAACCUCAGUGACCUGAUUGAUUUGGAGAAGUCCAGCGGCCGCACUGCCCACUACAAGCUGACCUCUACGGUGAUGCUGUGGCUGCAGACGAAUAAGACCGGCUCGGGCACCAUGAACCUCGGAGGCAGCCUCACCCGACAGAUGGAGAAAGACGAAACGGUGAGCGAUUCCUCUCCGCAUAUAGCCAAUAUCGGCCGUCUGGUUGAGGACAUGGAGAAUAAAAUCAGAAGUACGCUGAAUGAGAUUUAUUUUGGAAAGACAAAGGACAUUGUCAACGGGCUGAGGUCUGUGCAGACGUUUGCAGACAAAUCGAAGCAGGAAGCUCUGAAGAACGACCUGGUGGAGGCGUUGAAGAGAAAACAGCAGAGUUAGAAGCCGGCGUCUCCCCUUGAGGAUGCUAACAAGACACGCCAUGCACUCAUUAGCGCCCCCCACCCUACCCUACCCCGCCCCCCCACCCCAAUUUCUUGGAAUCUUCUGUUGUUUCUCUCUCUCUCUCUCUCUCUCUCUCUCUCCCUGACAUCCUCCUCCCCAUUAUUUUCAUUUCCUGCAUACAAUAUUCUUCCCCCCCCCCCAUAAAAAUAAAUAAAGGCCUCUGUAUUUUCCCCCCCCCAUCACCAUCCCAAAUCAACGGUUUUGGGGGGGUGGGUAGGUGGGGGGGGGGCUCUCUAGCCGCUUGAUUUCCACUGUCUUAUUGCCACAGCCUUGCAAAACGUAUUUUUCUGUUGGGAAACCUCCGAGAUAUUGUGCUCUUCCUGGCCUUUUUCUCCCCCCUGCUCCCCCCCCCCCCCCCCCCCCCCUCUUCCUUUCAAGGGCCCUCCCUUUGUCCCCCUUUUCCCCCCCCUCCUUUUUUUUUUUUUCUUUUUCUUUUUUUUUCUGGGCCCCCCCCCCCCCCCUCCGGUCUCCCGCUGCUCUUUCCAUAUUUUGUUAUAUUGGUGUAAAAAAUGUACAAGAAACAAAAACAAAAAAAAAAAAACGCCCUUUAUUAAAUAACCAUGGUUUGUGAAAGAAGGAAGAA